GACAUUGAUUGGAUAAGUUGCAAAUUGAAAGAUUUAAUAGAAUGUAUAGGGCAUAGACGUUGUUAUUGUACAUCAUAUGUAGUGCACUCACAUAGGGAGUGUUGUGCUUUUUAGAACACAACCGUAUUGUGUGUUGCCCCGGCAAAGAUUCACAGUAAGCCGCCAUCUUGAAUUCGCUGUCAACAAGCCAACCACGAGUGAAGCUGUGUAAUUGCUUAGCUAAGGUUGUCAUUCUCAUUUUUUUACCUUUCUUUACCGAUUAUAUGUUCACAUAUGACCUACAAAAACUAUGGUGCGCAUACAUUUACGCUAAUAAACUUGGCAAUAAACAGAAGAUGCUUUUCCGGUCGUGACGUUUUAUGGACAAGAGAUGAAAACUGAGAGCUACAAAUAAGUCACACUGUAAAUGGUUUGUUUAAUCACAAAGGCGUGAGAAUGAGGCCUUGUGUGAGUCUGAUCAGAAGUGCAGUGUGGAACUGCAGGCUCAGGGUUAGCCAUGGAGAAUUUCAGACAAAUCAAACAAUCCAAAAGAGGACAAUGUGCAGUGAUAUUAGUAAUAAAUGGAUUAGACCAGCUGGAUAUGAUACAGGCAUAAAGACUUUCAACAGUCUCACCAAACAGAAGGAGCCCCUGGUUUUGGCCCAAGAGGGAAGAGCAACAUGGUACAGUUGUGGACCCACAGUGUAUGAUCAUGCCCAUCUUGGUCAUGCAUGCUCCUAUGUAAGAUUUGACAUCCUGCAGAGAAUUUUAACCAGGAUAUUUGGAAUAAACAUAACUCAUGUCAUGGUUAUCACUGACAUUGACGACAAGAUCAUACAGAGAAGCAUUGAGGAGAGCAUCUCACCACUUGUGCUUGCCAGAACGUAUGAGGAGGACUUUAAAAGAGACAUGCUGGCCCUGAAGGUUCUCCCACCAGCUGUGUAUGUAAGAGUCACAGAACACAUACCUCAGAUAAUAGCUUUCAUUGAAGGCAUCAUUAGAAACGGCUAUGCCUACACCACAAGCCAAGGGGAUGUCUAUUUUGAUACUCAGUCCAUCGGCAGUCGUUAUGGCAAGUUUGCAAACAUGGGAAAUACAGCUGGGGUAUCAGUGAGCAAGGAUAAAAGGGAUCCCCGAGACUUUGCGCUGUGGAAAGCCUUGAAGCCAUUUGAACCCUUCUGGGAGUCUCCAUGGGGAAGAGGAAGACCUGGCUGGCACAUCGAGUGCUCCACUAUUGCCAGCUCUGUGUUUGGAAGUCAGUUGGACAUCCACUCAGGAGGGAUCGACCUGGCCUUUCCUCACCAUGAGAAUGAAAUUGCUCAGUGCGAGGCCUACCAUAAGUGUGAACAGUGGGGGAACUACUUCUUACACUCAGGGCACCUUCAUUUGAAAGGCAGCGUAGAAAAGAUGUCCAAAUCCUUGAAGAAUUAUAUUACAAUAAAGGAAUUCUUACAGUCCUAUUCUGCCAAUGAGUUUAGGCUGUUUUGCCUCUUAACCAAGUACAGAUCAGCAAUUGACUACAGUGAUGCAUGUAUGAACGAAGCUCGCUCUAAACUCUCCUCCAUCUCAGGCUUCAUCCAUAAUGCCCAGGCCUACAUGCAGGGUCACCUGCAGUGCCAAGAUAUACAUGAGAGCUUUUUAUGGGAGAGGUUAUCAGUCACACAGGCCACCGUGCGAGCUGUACUUGCAGACGACUUUGACACGCCAAAGGCAAUGGACGCCAUCAUGAACCUCAUUCAUCACGGAAACUGUCAGCUUCAACCUGUUAACAAGGUUAACAGCAGCCCUAGGUGUCCAGCAGUGUUUGGGGCAAUGCUGUCUUACAUCAGGGAUUUCAUGGAUGCCGUUGGAGUUGACCUGCUGGAUGAAAAGGAGUCAUCCAGUGCUGAAACAUCCAGUAUUUUACACAAUGUAGUGGAGCAGUUGGUGUGCUUUCGUAGCAAGGUUCGAAACUUUGCUCUCUCUGUGGAGGAUGAAGCAAAUCAGGACCAUCAUACCAGCAAAAUGCUACAGAGAAAGAAACCACAGCCAGACAGAUUGCCUUUACUGAAGGCCUGUGAUGCCCUUCGAAAUGAUCUAAUGCCCUUGGGAGUUCAAAUUAAAGACAGAGGUACCAACUCCACUUGGGAAAUCAAACAACAACAGAAAGGGAAUCGAGACAAAGAAAGCUAGACUCCACUUCAGCCCAGUAUGGAGAACUAGGUCAACUUCUGUGUUAAGUGGUCUGAAUGUUUUUUUUGAGAAAUCACUUGACAGCCACUGACGUUUACUGAAUUAUCAUCUGUGAUGAUGCUCUAGUGUUCCACAUUAUUUGAAUCACAAAUCAUUUAAUGUCUCAUCUGUAAUGUAAAAGCUGUUAUGUACUAUAUUCAGCAGCAAUCUUGAGAAUAAAUUGUUUUUAUUUGC